GGUGACUUUAUUGGACCUACCUUCAACCUCCACAUUUGCCUGAACUUGAGGUUGUAAUUCUGGUUCAAGUACAGGUACAACUUCUGGAUCAUGAACAAUAUCAUUAAUUGGAAACAACUAUUGUAUGUAUUAAUGCACAUAAAGGGUGAGUUUUAUGGACUUACCUUCAACCUCCACAUCUGCAUCAAUUUCAUCCUGGUUCUCUGCCUCACCCUCUCCAUCAUAAGCAAUAUCAUUAUCCAGUUGUGUUAGCACCUCUUCUUGUACUUCUGGUUGAUCCUCUUCAUCACUAGACAAUUCCAAUAAAACAGGAAGCCUCUUCUGCUUUGUCUUUGGAACAGUGCACAUAAUCCUAUAUGACCUUCUGGUAGGCUUGGGUGGAGCAGGUUUCUUUGCAUGUGAAACAUCCUUUGAAGGAGCAGGCAUUUUUCCAGAUGAAGCCAUGAAUGAAAGAGUAGCCUUAGCCUUUGAUGGAGCCAUGAAUAAAGGAGUAGCCUUGGAAGUAGCAGGUUUCUUUGCAGAUGAAGCAACCUUUGAAGGAGCAGGCCUCUUUCCAGUUGAACUCAUUGAAAGAGUAGCCUUGGAUGGAGGCCUGCUAGAAGGAGUAAGCUUGGAUGGAGCCCAUAAUGAAGGACUAGGCUUGGAUGGAGCCUUAGAAGGAAGCUUAAAAGGCUUAUUUGAUGUUGUAGCCUUAGCUGCUGCUGCAGCACACUUAGAAGGAGGCUUCAAAGGCAUACUUGUAGACUUAGUUGAUGUUGGUGCAUAGGCAAGAUGAGGAGUUCUACCAUCAAGGAACCUCAGCAAUUCCAUUGGACUAGAGGGCAGUUCAUCAGCAGUAUGCUCCACAAACAAAUGCACAGAACCACCCAUGUUUUUGAUAGCAAAUGUUGCAAGGUCCAUGGCAUCUUUGUCAGUCAAUACAGGCCUGAAGUUGUGAGCAAUAAUAUCAUCGCGUGUCCUCCACCAAAUUUUGAACUUCCCUCUUGUGUACCCCAAGUCCUUCACGGUAUCAAGGCACUCGAAAUAACCCCACCUAUCCUUAUCAACACCAACCUUAGUGAUUUUGACAUCUUUGUAAUGCCAGUGUGGCUCCCUGGCGAAAACCCCAUGGUGAUGAACAAGCACACUGAAACUCAUCCUACAAAAUGCAUAACAACACAUGUCAAGAACAAGCAAUGGUGAUGAACAAACAUGCAUAGUUUCAAGCAUCACUAAACCCAAAUCGCACACAAAUACCCUAAAAUAGCAACAAUCCGAUUCAACUCCAAAAUAGAAACCAAGUAAAAACAGCACACAACUAGCAAUGAAAGGCACAAAAACACAUUACGGACUCACAAAUCGUAUUCGAAACCCUAAAAUGUUAAGCGAUACGAGUAGACUACAAACCUGGAAAUCUUCUUUCGAUGUUCGUGCUCUUUGUCGCCUACUUCGUCCUCAGAUCAUCGAAUCACCUUACCCAGAUCGCAGCCUUGUCUCCUUGUUCUUCGUGUUCGUCAAGGAUGAAAAACUGCAAGGGAGAGGGAUGGGAUUCGGACGAAAGCUAUAACAGAAAGGAUAGAUGUUGAUUUUGUUGUUUACAGUUAAUUUGGGAAUUUAGGGUUAAUUUGGGAUUUAGGGUUAAUUGUGUUAAUUUGGGAUUUAGGGUUAAUUGUUAUUAUUUAAAAAAAAAAUAUUACACGUCAUCUCAUUAAAUGACGUGGCGUGCCACAUAAGGUGCUCGCCGGAGGGAUGGUGGCCGGAGGGACGGGUCAAUUUAGUUUUCAAUAGUCUGAGGACGGUUUUCAGAUAAUUUUCCGACGAGGGACGGUUUUCAAAUCUCGCCCAAAGUUCAGGGACGGUUAUAGUUUUUAACCCUAAUUUUUAAUUCUCUCUUUUUUCCAGCACUAAACCUUUUUGAAUUUCUAUCAUGAAUAUAUUAUAUUAUAUGAAUCUUUGAUUUCAUGAAAAAGUGUCAUCUUGGGAAUCCUGCUUAUUGGGUUAUAUGCUGCUGUCCACCUUAGUUUUUGACAAAAAAAAAAUGUGUGCCCACUUUUCAAGAAGAUUUGAGAGAGAUAUGGGUGUCAUCACUGUCAUGUGAAUUUAUCCACAACAGGUGCAGUUUCUCAGUGCAGAUCUGAAGCUGGUGAUACCCUUUGUGUGAAGAAUAUUGAGGAUUGAAGCAAAUGGAUCUUGAACCUGGGAAGUGUUGGAACAACUCAAGGAAGGAAUCAUGGAAGACCAUUCUGCUAUUAGCAUACCAAAGCCUUGGUGUGGUGUAUGGAGACUUGAGCAUUUCUCCACUGUAUGUUUACACAAGCACAUUUGCAGAAGAUAUUGAACAUUCAGAGACCAAUGAGGAGAUCUUUGGUGCCCUUUCUUUUGUUUUCUGGACCCUGACAUUGGUGCCGCUGUUCAAAUAUGUAUUUGUGGUUCUUCGAGCUGAUGAUAAUGGAGAGGGCGGUACGUUUGCUCUGUAUUCCUUGAUUUGUAGGCAUGCAAAGGUUAGUCUUCUGCCCAAUCGACAGCUUGCGGAUGAAGCGCUUUCGACAUAUAAGAUGGAGGAGCCUCGAGAGAAGAACACUUCUAAAGUGAAGAUGCUGCUUGAGAAGCAUAAGGGCUUGCAUACAGCUCUGCUAAUUGUGGUUCUUCUUGGCACUUGUAUGGUAAUUGGGGAUGGACUGCUCACUCCAGCCAUUUCUGUUUUCUCAGCGGUAUCAGGUCUCGAGGUAUCUAUGUCUCACCACCAGUAUGCUGUGAUUCCUAUUACUUGCUUCAUACUGGUGUGUUUGUUUGCACUCCAGCACUAUGGGACACAUCGGGUGGGGUUCCUUUUUGCACCAGUUGUGCUGAUAUGGCUAUUGUGCAUCAGCACACUUGGUUUAUAUAAUAUAUUCAAAUGGAAUCCACAUGUGUAUAAAGCUCUUUCACCAUAUUAUAUGUUCAAGUUCUUGAAGAAGACCAGGAUAAGUGGGUGGAUGUCUUUGGGUGGAAUAUUACUGUGCAUAACAGGCUCAGAAGCUAUGUUUGCUGAUCUUGGCCAUUUCUCAUAUAUGGCAAUUCAGCUUGCAUUCACCUUUCUGGUAUAUCCUGCACUUAUAUUGGCAUAUAUGGGUCAAGCUGCUUACUUGUCGCAACAUCAUAAAUCCGAUCUCCAAAUCAGUUUCUAUGUUUCAGUUCCAGAAAGCGUGAAGUGGCCGGUGCUUAUCUUAGCUAUUCUAGCUUCUGUUGUGGGAAGCCAAGCAAUAAUCAGCGGAACAUUUUCGAUCAUAAACCAGAGUCAAUCUCUAGGUUGCUUCCCUAGAGUUAAGGUUGUUCAUACAUCAGACAAGAUACAUGGCCAGGUCUACAUCCCUGAAAUUAAUUGGAUACUCAUGAUCCUCUGCAUUGCUGUCACCAUUGGCUUUAGGGACACAAAACACAUGGGAAAUGCAUCAGGGCUAGCAGUGAUGACCGUGAUGCUAGUGACAACAUGCCUUACUUCAUUAGUUAUUAUCAUUUGUUGGAACAAACCCCCCAUCAUAGCUCUAUGCUUCCUCUUGUUCUUUGGCUCUGUUGAACUGCUAUACUUCUCAGCUUCACUGACAAAGUUUCGUGAGGGUGCCUGGUUCCCUAUCCUCCUAGCCCUGGUCCUUAUGAUCAUAAUGUUCCUUUGGCACUAUGCAACCAUCAAGAAAUAUGAAUAUGACCUUCACAACAAAGUGUCACUAGAAUGGCUUCUAGCUUUAGGUCCAAGCUUGGGAAUUGCUAGAGUCCCCGGAAUAGGCCUAGUGUUCAGUGAUCUCACCACUGGUAUCCCCGCAAACUUCUCCCGUUUUGUCACCAACCUCCCCGCGUAUCACCGCAUCCUUGUUUUCGUGUGUGUGAAAUCUGUACCGGUUCCUCAUGUCACUGCUGCUGAGAGGUACCUUGUAGGCCGCGUAGGACCUGCUGCGCAUCGAUCCUACAGGUGCAUAGUCAGAUACGGAUACCGCGAUGUUCAUCAGGAUGUUGAUUCCUUUGAAACUGAACUAGUACAAAGACUUACUGAAUUCAUCCAAUAUGAUUGGUUUCGAACUCGGGGAAGCAACAUGAGCAUUGAGGAUGAUGGUUCAAACUCUAAUGAGUCAUCAAGUCAUAGAUUAACUGUAAUUGGAACAAUUGGUUUCUCCAACCAACUAGGAUAUGGAACUGAUCAUAGUUUGCAGCCAGCAAGUGUAUCUGUUGGAUUUUCGACUGUACAAAGUGUGACGGAUGUUAUCGAGAUGGAACCAGUGGGCGCGGCUGAGAGAAGAGUGAGGUUUGCCAUUGAUGAUGAUGCUGAAAGUGACACAAGGUCUGAGGUAGGUGUGCAAAUGCAGGAAGAGCUUGAGGAUCUACAUGCUGCUCAGGAAUCUGGUAUUGCAUUCAUUCUUGGUCAUUCUCAUGUGAAAGCAAAGCAAGGUUCAUCUGUUCUGAAGAGAUUGGCACUUAACUAUGGUUACAAUUUCUUGAGAAGUAAUUGUCGGGGUCCGGAUGUGACGCUUAAGGUGCCCCCGGUUUCGCUUUUGGAGGUUGGCAUGGUUUAUAUUGUGUAGCAUAUGUAUCAUGUAAUUAGCUUUCCUUUUUAGUUAUGUUCUUUUCAUAGAGUUAGAGGCUUUAAUGGCAGAUAAUUGUGCAGUUAGUUUACAGAAGCUGUUGUGAAUGGGACUGUGGGAGUGAUUCUCCCCUUGAAAUUAAACAUAAGUUAUAUAGCAUGCUUGAAUUCAUAGCAGAAGGUACAAAUAUAUCACAAUUUCCUGUC